UACAUAUAUAUAUAUAGACACACAUACAUAGAGACCUCAUAGCUGUUGUUUUAAAAUUACUGCCAUAAAUCAGGUACUGUAAUCUAAAGCUCACUGGUUAUGAAAGAAUAGUUGGAUUUGAAUUUUGUUUCUAGCAGAUGGAAUAAAUUAGGUUUAUCUGCUUAGAUAGCUAAAGCUUUUUUCUAUUAAUAUUUGUGGAGAAGACACUUAAGAUGCUAGAUUUUGACAAAGGUGCUCCUAUAGCUGUUUGCCUCUUUUUCCUUUUUUAAUCUUCGGUCUUAGAAAUUGAUGAUGGUCUAGAUAAUAGUUCCCAGAGUUACAAGCCUGCUGAGAUAAAUAAGUGAUGUUUUUGGAAUUGGUGAAAGGGAAUGGGUAAAAUCUGUACUGCCUCUAGAGCUGCAUUUCCAGUUUUGCACAGACUUGUAAGAUAAGGGCAGUUGCUCUCAAUUUCUCAGAAAUUGGGUUGUAACUUAAAGGACAUCAUAGGUUGAUCUACCUGUCCAACUACAUCAUUCCUAAUUUGCUUCUUUCCCUCUAGGUACAUAGUUUUAUUUUAACUUGAGUAAAAUGGCCUAUAAAAAUAUUCCUAUCAGGCUCUGAAUAUCAGUUUCCAAUUUUUGACCAUAGAGCUACUAAAAAAAGAGUCCUUCUAAAUAUCUUGCCAGUUUUCAGCUGGAACAAACAGUAAAUAUUUCUGGCAGUGUUACACAACUCCAUGGACCCAAGAGGCAUCCUCAAAGGUUACUACCUUCCCCAGAUCCAGAGUCACUCCCAAAGAUAGCCAAAAGAAAGAACUGACAGCCUACGUGUCCCAGGCAGACAGAAAGCCAUGCUAAACCCUUAGGACACAAAAUGAGACAAGCAAGAAGGCAAUAGCUACCCCUGGGAGAGAAAGGGUCAAUAACCAAUGGAUCUGGAUUUGGAAAGGAAGGGAUAACAUGAAAUCUUAUUUUCCUUUCUUGACUGAGCACUAUAGAAUGGCCAUUGACCUUUCUAAUUCUUUCCUACAUUUGGUAGGAUCUUCUGAAAAUGGAAGUAAAAAGGCUUUAUAAUUCAAAAGAUCUGUUCUUGUCCCAUGGACAUGAAUUCCUUGGGUGGACAUCUAGGACCUUGUAUGGGAAGGCCUGAAGCUGGCAGAGCCUGAUUAUAGAGUCCAACAAAGGGGGCCCUACUGCCUGUUCGAGGUGCUUCUGCUAAGUUCAUUUUCUGGCCUUCAGCCAUUUACAUGAGUCACCUGUGUACUCUUAGGGAUUAGGCUGGAGCACUCUCUGUAAAUCUUGGAGGAAAAGGGAAGCUAAAACGGGCAGAUGGAGCCUGACUUUAAGAAGAGGAUUUUAUGUUGGGUUUUUGUUUUAAGCCUAAUUGUUUUUCCCUUCAUCUUGUUAGGGAGUCCCUAAGUCUAGCUGUUAUAUUAUUUUUUUUUUGUCUUAGGUGCUGGACAAUUGUACUUCCAUUGUCCUGAUUUUUUACAAUAUCUGCAAAUGUUUGAAGGCAAAUAGGAAAGGGUCUGAGUGGACUUUGAUUUUUAUUCUAAUUUCUGUCCUUCCACCUUAUUAAGGGAAUCUUAAUGGCUACCCAUUAUACCAAUAUGAGAACUCUCUCUAACAAAAUUUUUUUUUCAAUUUAGAAGUUUUUCCAAUUCAAAGGAUCCAUUGUCUGGCCAUUGAUGAGUAGGAUCUUAAUAGUGACUGAAACCAGUAAGCCUUUUUAUGACUUAAUCAUGGACACAAGAGGUGUCCCCAAAGGAGAGGGCAAAGGAUGCAGGCCUCCCAAGAUCCAAAAACUUCACUUCCAAAGACAGUCUAGGAAAGCAAAGGUCUUUGUUGCACAGGCACUAAGGAUAAAAUGGUGUCUCCAGUUUCCCACGAAAACAUGGAAUGCCUCCAGUCACAAACCUGCUAAUCUGUGACACCAGGCGGGAGCUACUGGAAUGGGAUUUUUCCAGCACUAACAAGCAAUGAAGGAUGAGACAACAAAGGCCUCUUAUGGACUGAGAUCCCUUUAUGACUUCACUGAGAGGAGACACAGGGAGACAAACAGUGUCUCAGAACCCUAGUCUAUUUGACUGGCCACCAGAUGCACCUUGGUAAAUGCACCUUCCAGAUGGGUGGAGAUCAGAGAGAAUUUUCUCACUGAUCAAAAAACCAAAGCUCUCAGGGCAUAUAACAAGAUGGCAGGAAAAACCUCAUACUGUGAGUGGCUCAAGCAGGGAAACUCUUCCAAUCGGUAAUAGCCAUGAGCCGACUUUGCCUAUGGAAUUUCCUUCUUAUGACAAAAGACAAAAUUAGACAGAGGUCCAGGAUCCCUGAGCUGCAGUUAUCCCAGAGCAAGCAGCCUGCAGUCAGUUAAGUUUCUCCUGUCCUAAUAGCCAACUGUAGGGGAGGAAGAAAAUUUUGUCUGCUCUCUAGGUUCUCCUGACUAGCCUAAGAAUUAAAUUGACACAAAACAGAUUAAUAGGAGAAAAUCAAAUUUAACUAAUUUUGUAUGUUCGGGAACCCCACAUACAUGAGAGUGUCAGAGACCCCACAUACAUGAGAGGUUCAGAGACAAAAAGGUAAAAUGAGGUACAUAUUCCAUCUUGAGCUAAGGAAUGGGCUAGAGGCCUGAGGCUUCAGAAGGGAGGAGGGUAAUUCACAGGAUGAUAAAAAGAGCAGAGGUUCAGUAAUUAGAGGUUUGCCCUGCCAUACAGAUAGGUCAUAAAAAGUUAUUUCUGGUAAUGACGAGCAGGGCCCCAAUUUAAAUUCUUUGAGGGAGAGGUAAAAUGUUCUCAAGCCCUCAGGGUCCUGAUUGCCUUUACCUCAAAAUAUUUCACAUGCCAAAGUGGCACAUCUUGGGAGGCCUGUUUUGAACCCCUUCACCCCAUCACAUGUGUCUUUUGGUAGUGCCAGGAAUCCUCCCACACACCAGCAACCAAUCACUUUUCUUCUUGUCAGGAGACGAUGUGUUUUUUGUUGUGAAAGGGAAGACUUUGGGGCUGGGUUUAAGCCAAUCCCCUAAUCCUACUCUUCCCUCGGUUGAUAAUCUGCGCAAGGUGUACACGUCUGGCCUGAAUUGAGCUGUCAGCCUCCUCAUCAUGUCGAGCUGCUUCUUCCUCAUGAAAGCACUUCUCGUUCUUGGGUCCCUGGCAUCCUGGGUGACUGCAGGAAAGCAUGAGUUUGCUGAAUGUCCUGCUGACCCCAACCCGUGUGAGAAUCUGUGUGAUGGGGACUCUUCCUGUCCCCAGGGGCAUAAAUGCUGCAGCACCGGCUGUGGACGCAUCUGCCGUGGAGACAUUGAGGGAGGGCGGGACGGUGAGUGUCCACAGGUUUUCUUGGGCCUGUGCAUUUUCAACUGCGUGUCUGAUGCUAACUGCGAAGCUGGGGAAAAGUGCUGCAAGUCAGGCUGUGGCCGCUUCUGUGUCCCGGCAGUUCUGUUAUCCCUAGCUGGCCAUGAAACCCAAGUGGGCAUCACAUCUGAUUCUGAAUGAGAGAUCCCAGUGCCCUAGCUGUCCUGAUUUGUCCUGAGCUUCUCUGGUGACUCCAGGCGGCUUGUUGUGGCAGCCAGGAGAGAGUGAUGUCCUGGAGCUUGUGACACUCCCAGGGGCUCUCAUUGCUCUCUGCACUGCUUCUGCUCCUGCUGUUGUCCUGAGCACAGGAAACAGCCCUGGGUUUGGACAAUGGGUGUGUGGUGCUUCUUUACCCCAAGAAAGGCUGGUGCUGACCCUCUUGUCUGUGCUGUUUGAGGGGCUAAGAUGAGGAAAGAGAGCUAGAGGUCUGAGCAUGGCUGUGGGAUCAUGGGACUUGCUUAUUUAGGAAGGGAUGGGUGAUACAUUCUUUCUAAGAACACUGAAAAAUGGGGCUGGUUGGGUGUGGCUAGGGGAGAGAUGGGUGGAAGCUAAACCUAGGGUGACUUGCCAUAGAUGUCUGUCUCAAGCUCCAGGAGUGGGACAGUCAGGCCUCCUUUUGGGUCUGCUCACCUUUCUUUUGUUGGAGAAUGCAAAUUGGGGAUGGAACUACGGUGAGUGGCUAGUUUAUUGUAGUUGCUUGGGUGUUCUCACCUUGGUCCUCCUUCCUUGGGGGCCAGGCCUUGGCUCUAAGACAGGUAACUUUGCUGUAGGGAGGGGAUGUCUUUACGUUCCUGGGACAAGACAAUUUUAAAAAAUUACAUUUCUUAUGUAUACACAAUGGAUCAUAUUCUAUAUCUUGGAGAUCUUUUAAGUCAUCACAUACAUUCUUUUAAUAGAACUUCAUGAAAAUAACUAAUUUGACCAGUCAUCUCUUCUUGGACAUUAAUAUCCUUGUAUAUAUAAAUCUUGGCCUACUUUUGCAGGUAAAUCUAGGUAAAUUCUUAAUAAUAGAACUCUAGUUUCUUAAAUAGAGCCUGGCAAAAAAAUAGACCCUCAAUAAAUAUUUGUUAAAUGAA